AUGGCGCCUCGCACUGGGUCCCCAUCGCUCCUGCUCACGCCGCAGAUCUCGACGCCGAAGAUCACCACCGACUACAGCACCCAGACACUAUCGCCGAAGCCUCCCACGGGCUACAGCACCAAGCUGUGGGAUGCUCGGCCCUCCAAGUACUCGCAGAACGUCAUCAAGAAGGUCUGCGUCUUCAUCUUCGUCCUGACAGUGUGCGAGGAGGUGGCAAGCUACGCCGUCAACCAGUCGCUCAAGAACUUCUUCCAGCGGCUGGGGUGGUCCAACAAGGGCUCCAACUCCAUGAAGCUCACCUACGACUCGCUGAGUCAGUUCGCAUGCAUCCCUGCGGGCUACAUCUCGGAUGAAUUUCUAGGCAAGUUCAAGACGCUGCUUGGUGCUGCGUCUUCCAGCUCGGUUGGCUUCGUGCUCAUCUCGCUCGCAGCUUUGCCGUCCAUCCGUGCCACACAGUCGUUGAGCAAGGCGCUAUUCUGCGUUGGUCUCUUCGGUGGCGUUGCGCUAAACCAAGUGUGCCUUCGAGCUCUGACGGUCUCAUUUGGUGGCGACCAAUUCUCGAGCACGUCGCCUCCGGACGAGCGCGCAAGCUUCUUCAGCCUGAACUUCUGGGCUUCCCGGAUCGGCAUCUCCUUCAGCUAUGCGGUGUUUCCCUCGUUGGCCAUCCACGGCUUCGGCGCCAUCCCCGCUGACUAUGGGUUCGUGGCUGUGUACCUCGUCGGCCUCCUCGUGUUGCUGAUCUUCGUCGGAGUCAUGCUGUUCACUCGCAAGCGCUACGUGGACGUGCCACCCACGAGAAGCGCUCUCGGAAGUGUGAUCCGUGUCGUUGUUCGUCGCGCCAAGACCAACUUCCAGGCAAGGAUGAUUUUACUGGGCACAGUCAUGUACCUAUCUGCAUUUCUGCUUAACUUCCCAGCGGCAUUCUUGGCGGAUCAUGGGGAAAUCGGCCACAACAUUUCCUACGCGUGUGGAGUCUUGACGGUCGUCGCCACGAUCAUCUACGUCUACUUCGCUAGGGAUUCCUCGUUCAUCGAAGUCAUCCGCGUCCUGCCUUUUAACGCCUUCAACAUGAUGUGGUGGGUCUGCCAGAACCAGCGCGGCAACAACCAAACAAUUAUCCAGCAAACGGAUGUGCGUCUCGGCAGCUCCCCCGACGCGAGUCAAAUUCCAGGACCCACCGUCCAGAUUUUCAAUCCCUUCUCGGGUCUGCUCUUCGUGCCGCUCUUGGACAAGCUGAUCUACCCUCUGUACGAGAAAUUCGCUGGCAAACCACCGAGUCGAUAUGGAAAGGUGCUUGCUGGUUACAUUGUGGCGAUCAUCGCGAUGGUCUGGACUGGCUGCUUCGAGAUCAUCCGGCGCAACUCGCCACUGCUGACGUACGUGGACGCGAAUGGAGAUACCCAGUACAUCUAUAAUGACGAUGGGGGCCAACCGAUGAGCGACAUCCCGUGGUGGACGGCUGUCCCCCAGUACUGCUGGGUGUCCUUGGCAACGGUACUCAUCCAGAUCUCGACCUACAACAUUGGCUACACGGAGGUCCCGCUGAGCUUGUGCGGAAUGUCUAUCGCUCUCGGAUUCUUCAUGAACUCCAUGGGCAGCACACUGCUCUCCGUGUUUGUGCUGCUGUUUGGCAAGUACAUCCCCACGGACUUGAACGACGGCCACAUGGAGUAUCUUUACUUCACGCUGGCUGCUGUCAUGGCGGUCAAUACCUUCUUCUACGUUGUAGUGAUGCGAGAGAUGCACUUCGCAAUGAUCCCACCGGUCACCGCAGACAAGGGGCUAACGGAGGGGACCAAGGGAGAACGAGAAGCGUCUGUGGCGUAG